UCAGGCUGUGGUUCGCAGGAAGCACACAUUGGCUUUUUUAUUCUUGCUAGUUCUCAGCUCAGUUUGGGAGGAUCUAACGCCAGCCUUCACGUGAAGAGGGGCCCAAGGACAGUGAGGAGCAGGGUGGUCUCAGUCCUGGAGCCGGACCAGCCUGACAUGGAAAUGGAGGCAAACGACCAUUUUAACUUUACUGGCCUUCCCCCUGCACCUGCUGCCUCAGGACUGAAACCCUCUCCUUCCUCAGGGGAGGGCCUCUACACUAACGGGUCUCCCAUGAACUUCCCCCAGCAAGGGAAAAGUUUGAAUGGGGAUGUGAAUGUUAAUGGCUUAUCUACUGUAUCUCACACUACUACUUCAGGGAUUUUGAACUCUGCUCCUCACUCCUCCAGCACUUCACACCUCCAUCACCCCAACGUGGCCUACGACUGUCUCUGGAACUACUCACAGUACCCAUCUGCCAAUCCUGGCAGCAACCUCAAGGACCCACCCCUUCUCUCCCAGUUUUCGGGGGGACAGUACCCACUCAACGGCAUCCUUGGGGGCAGCCGGCAACCUUCAUCCCCAAGUCACAACACUAACCUUCGGGCUGGGAGCCAAGAGUUCUGGGCCAAUGGUACCCAGAGUCCCAUGGGGCUUAACUUUGACUCACAGGAACUGUAUGAUUCCUUUCCUGAUCAGAAUUUUGAGGUGAUGCCCAAUGGACCCCCUAGUUUUUUCACCUCCCCACAGUCUUCUCCUAUGUUGGGAUCCAGCAUCCAGACCUUUGCACCCUCCCAGGAAAUAGGCAGUGGCAUCCAUCAUGAUGAGGCAGCAGAAAAGGAACUGACUUCAGUUGUAGCAGAGAAUGGCACUGGCUUGGUAGGCAGCCUGGAGCUGGAAGAGCAGCCAGAAUUGAAGAUAUGUGGCUACAAUGGCUCUGUCCCCUCUGUGGAGUCAUUGCACCAAGAGGUCUCAGUCCUGGUCCCUGACCCCACAGUGAGCUGCUUAGAUGAUCCUUCACACCUUCCUGAUCAACUGGAAGACACACCAAUCCUUAGUGAAGACUCUCUGGAGCCCUUCAACCCUCUGGCACCAGAGCCAGUGAGUGGAGGCCUCUAUGGCAUAGAUGACACAGAGCUGAUGGGUGCAGAGGACAAGCUGCCUCUCGGGGACAGCCCUGUGAUCUCUGCUCUCGAUUGUCCUUCCCUCAAUAAUGCCACUGCCUUCAGUCUUCUGGCAGAUGAUAGUCAAACUUCAGCCUCUAUCUUUGCCAGCCCCACCUCUCCACCAGUCCUAGGGGAAUCUGUCCUGCAAGAUAACAGCUUUGAUCUGAAUAAUGGUAGUGAUGCAGAACAGGAGGAAAUGGAGACUCAGGAUUCAGACUUCCCACCACCCCUGCCCCAGCCAGCCUCUGAUCAGGCAUCUGCUGUUCACCUAUGCCCAGCAGCCUCACCAGCAGUCUCGCCUACAGCCUCUCCGGAAAUUUCUCCAGAAGUGUCCACAGAAAUCUCCCCAGUUGUCUCCCCAGCAGCCUUCCCAACAGUCUCUCCAGCCUCCCCAGGAGCCCUCCCAGCAGUUUCCUCGGAAGUCUCCCUGACAGCUUCCCCAGUGACCUCCCUAAAAGUCUCCCCUGCAGCUUCCCCAGCAGCUGCCUUCCCAACAGCCUCCCCAGCAAAUAAGGAUGUCAGCAUCUUUCCUGCAACCACUGCUGACCUGGAAGAGAUCACUGGAGAAGGAGUCACUACAUCUGGUAGUGGUGAUGUCUUGAGGAGACGUAUUGCCACCCCAGAAGAAGUCCGUCUUCCCCUCCAGCAUGGAUGGCGGAGAGAGGUGCGCAUCAAGAAGGGCAGCCACCGAUGGCAGGGGGAGACGUGGUAUUAUGGCCCCUGUGGGAAGAGGAUGAAACAGUUCCCAGAAGUGAUCAAGUACCUGAGCCGUAAUGUGGUACACAGUGUCCGCCGUGAACACUUCAGCUUCAGUCCUCGUAUGCCUGUUGGAGAUUUCUUUGAAGAAAGAGACACACCAGAGGGCUUGCAGUGGGUACAGCUCUCAGCAGAGGAGAUCCCAUCCAGGAUUCAGGCAAUCACUGGCAAACGGGGCCGACCUCGAAACACUGAGAAGGCCAAGACCAAGGAAAUCCCCAAAGUGAAACGGGGCCGAGGUCGGCCACCCAAAGUAAAAAUCACUGAGCUAUUGAAUAAGACCGACAACCGCCUCCAAAAGAAACCAGAGGCCCAAGAAACACUGAAUGAAGACGAUAAAGCAAAGAUGAAUAAAAUCAAGAAGAAGAUGAGGCGGAAGGUACAACGGGGAGAGUGUCAGACCACUGUCCAAGGGCAGGCCAGAAACAAGCGGAAACAAGAGACUAAGGGCUUAAAACAGAAGGAAGCUAAAAAGAAAUCCAAGGUUGAGAAGGAGAAGGUAAAAGCAAAGCAGGAAAAACUGAAGGAAAAAGUCAAGAGGGAAAAGAAGGAGAAGGUAAAAAUGAAGGAAAAGGAGGAGGUAGCCAAAGCCAAGACAGCUUUUAAAGCAGAUAAGACUUUGGCCACACAGAGACGCUUGGAAGAACGGCAGAGGCAGCAGAUGAUCUUGGAGGAGAUGAAGAAGCCCACAGAGGAUAUGUGUCUGGCUGACCACCAGCCUCUACCUGAUUUCUCACGCAUCCCUGGUCUGAUACUGCCCAGUGGGGCCUUCUCAGACUGCUUGACCAUUGUGGAGUUCCUUCAUAGUUUUGGCAAGGUGCUGGGCUUUGACCCUGCCAAAGAUGUGCCUAGCCUGGGGGUCCUACAAGAGGGACUCCUGUGUCAAGGCGACAGCACAGGCGAGGUGCAAGAUCUGCUGGUGCGGCUCCUGAAGGCUGCACUCUGUGAUCCUGGCUUGCCCUCCUGCUGUCAGUCCCUAAAGAUCCUGGGGGAGAAGGUAUCCGAGAUCCCACUGACAAGAGACAAUGUGUCUGAGAUCUUGCGCUGUUUCCUCAUGGCAUAUGGAGUGGAGCCAGCCCUCUGUGACAACCUGCGGACCCAGCCUUUUCAGGCCCAGCCACCCCAACAGAAGGCUGCUGUCUUGGCCUUCCUUGUGCAUGAGCUCAACGGCUCCACCCUCAUCAUCAAUGAGAUUGACAAGACUCUGGAGAAUAUGUCCAGCUACAGGAAAAACAAGUGGAUUGUUGAAGGCCGGCUUCGGAGACUGAAAACUGCUCUGGCCAAGCGAACUGGGCGGCCUGAGGUAGAGAUGCAAGGGCCAGAGGAAGGCCUGGGGCGGAGACGCAGUUCUCGGAUCAUGGAGGAGACCAGUGGCAUAGAAGAGGAAGAAGAAGAGGAGACUAUGGCAUCUGUCCAUAGCCGUAGGGCUCGAAGAGAUGGAGAGGUUGAUGCCCCUACAUCCAGCAUCCCGGAGCUAGAGCGUCAGAUAGAAAAACUCAGCAAGCGUCAGCUCUUCUUUCGGAAAAAGCUGCUUCACUCAUCCCAUAUGCUUCGGGCAGUUUCCAUGGGUCAAGACCGCUACAGACGCCGCUACUGGGUACUGCCAUAUUUGGCUGGUAUCUUUGUGGAAGGAACAGAGGGGAGCUUAGUUCCUGAGGAUAUGAUAAAGCAGGAGACUCACAACUUAAAAGUGGCACCCCAUCCAGCACCCAACGCACACCUCUUCUCUGGGAAGAGAGAGUUAGCUGACUCCAGUACCUCUACCAAUUCUGCCCGGGCCCGAGGCCGACCUCGAAAAACUAAGCCUAGGUCUCUGCGACCUAGGCACCUUAAGUCGCCUGUCAUGGGUCAAGAUUCAGAAGAUCUCCAGACCCAGCCUCAGCCUGAGGCCCAGCCCCAGCCUCAGUUUCAGGCCCAUCCCCUUCCCCAGUCUCAGCUUCAACCUCCGGCCCAGCCCCAGCCCCAGCCCCAGCCCCAGCCUCAGCCUCAGCCUCAGCCUCAGCUUCAGCCCCACCCCCAGUUCCAUAAUGGAUUCCUGGAGCCAGAAGGCUCCCCUUUGUCUCUGGGUCAGAGCCAGCAUGACCUCAGCCAGUCAGCCUUCCUCUCUUGGCUGAGCCAGACCCAGAGCCAUGGUUCCCUGUUGAGCAGCUCUGUCCUCACACCUGAUAGCAGCCCAGGAAAACUGGACUCAGCCCCAUCACAGCCUCUGGAGGAACCAGAGCCUGAUGAGGCAGAAUCCAGCCCUGAUCCUCAGGCUUCCUGGUUUAACUUCUCAGCCCAGAUGCCCUGCAUUGCUGCCCCUACACCACCCCCAGCAGUUUCUGAGGACCAGUCUUCUCCCUCCCCUCAGCUACCUGCCUCUUCUAAGCCAGUGAAUAGACCCAGUGCUGCCAACCCCUGUUCUCCAGCCCAGCUCUCUUCCACCCCCUUGCCUGGGAUAGCCCCCAAGAGGCGAGCAGGAGACUCUGGAGAAAUGCCACAGAGUCCCACAGGGCUGGGACAGCCAAAACGGAGAGGGAGGCCCCCCAGUAAGUUCUUCAAACAGAUGGAGCAGUGUUACCUAACCCAGCUGACUGCCCAGCCUGUUCCCCCUGAGAUGCGCUCAGGCUGGUGGUGGAUCCAAGAUCCUGAGAUGUUAGAUGCCAUGCUCAAGGCGCUGCACCCCCGAGGCAUCCGAGAGAAGGCACUUCACAAACACCUUAGCAAGCACAAGGACUUCUUACAGGAAGUCUGCCUACGGCCCUCAGCUGAUCCCAUCUUUGAGUCCAGUCAGUUCCUUGCCUUUCAAGAAGGGCUUAAGAGCUGGUCCCCAAAAGAGAGGACAUAUGAAACAGACCUGGCUGUGCUUCAGUGGGUAGAGGAGCUGGAACAGAGGGUUAUCCUGUCUGAUCUGCAGAUUCGGGGCUGGACAUGUCCUCACCCAGAUUCUACACGUGAAGACUUGACCUACUGUGAGCAUCUUCCUGACUCCCAGGAGGACAUCACCUGGAGAGGUCGGGGCAGGGAAGGACUGGUCCCCCAGCGUAAAACUACCAACCCUCUGGACCUGGCUGUGAUGCGAUUGGCUGCACUGGAGCAGAAUGUGGAGCGGCGGUACCUAAGGGAGCCCCUCUGGCCAGCUCAUGAGGUCGUGCUGGAGAAGGCCCUGCUCAGCACACCCAAUGGUGCCCCCCAGUGCACCACCACGGAGAUAUCAUAUGAGAUCACCCCUCGCAUUCGGACCUGGCGCCAGACACUUGAGCGGUGCCGGAGUGCUGCCCAGGUGUGCUUAUGCCUGGGCCAGCUGGAGAGGUCCAUUGCUUGGGAGAAGUCUGUCAACAAAGUGACCUGUCUAGUCUGCCGGAAGGGUGACAAUGAUGAGUUUCUUCUGCUUUGUGAUGGAUGUGACCGUGGCUGCCACAUUUACUGCCAUCGGCCCAAGAUGGAGACUGUCCCAGAAGGAGAUUGGUUCUGUGCUGUCUGUUUGGCCCAGCAGGUAGAGGGAGAGCUCACUCAGAAGCCUGGUUUCCCAAAGCGAGGCCAGAAGCGGAAAAGUAGUUAUGUACUGAACUUCCCAGAGGGUGACAGCUGCCGACGCCGGGUACUGUUGAGGAGCCGAGAGAGCCCAGCAGUGCCUCGGUAUUCGGAAGAAGGGCUCUCCCCCUCCAAGCGGCGGCGACUCUCUAUGCGGAGCCACCACAGUGAUCUCACAUUUUGCGAGAUUAUUCUGAUGGAGAUGGAGUCCCAUGAUGCAGCCUGGCCUUUUCUGGAGCCAGUGAACCCACGGGUGGUGAGCGGCUACCGGCGUAUCAUCAAAAACCCCAUGGAUUUUUCCACCAUGCGGGAGCGGCUGCUCCGGGGAGGGUAUACCAGCUCAGAGGAGUUUGCAGCUGAUGCCCUCCUGGUCUUUGACAACUGCCAGACCUUCAACGAGGAUGACUCUGAAGUAGGCAAGGCUGGGCACAUCAUGCGCCGCUUCUUCGAGAGCCGCUGGGAGGAAUUUUAUCAGGGAAAACAGGCCAAUCUGUGAGGCACGGGAGCUGAGGAAUCAGCUUGUGGGAUUCCUCCUCCUCCCUCCAAACAAAACAAAAACCUGCCAUUCUCACCUGCUGAUGCUGCCUUGGGUCCCGACUCAAGAGUCAGAGAUUAAACCCUGAUUUUUGAACCCUACCCUUGGCAGUACCCCACAUCCUCUUAUUCUUACACCCCUUUCUCCCUUUUCCUCUUCUUGCUUCUCAAAUAAGAGGGGAAGAGAUGAGGUCCUUCUGGACUGAAAGCCAAAAAAAGAAAGAAAAAUUUUUUCCUUUCUGUUUUAUUUCUUAAUUAAAAAUGGGGAGGGAGGAAGAAGUCCCUACUUCCUCCUCCCAGCUUCCUCUCUCCUUCCCUGUACGUGCCCCAGCAUUCUGGGGCUAUUUAACAAUAGCAAUAGUUCUAGUGAAUGUGUGAAACCGAGAAACACUCUGUACUGUGUGUGGACCCGCAGUGACGGCCAGUAAAGUGGACUUAACUCCCAAGUGUGUCGAGCCGGACACCGGGCCCUGGACAUGCUGCUUCCAUGUUCAGUCCCUCCCCUCCUUCUCACUUCUCUCUCUCAAGGUUUUCCUUUUCUUCCCUUACCCCUAUUUCUCAGAUUUUCCCUCAUCCAAUAAUGUAAAACUAUUGUGUACGGGUUCUUCCUUCCUUUUCUCUUAGCCCAAAUCUUUUUUUCCCUUCCCUUCAAAGGAAAAAAAAAUGUUCAGAGGUCCCUGUCUUCUCUCUGAUCCCAUCUUCCUGCCACUAGCUAUCCCCUCUCUUAAUGUCAGAUGCUCCUCACAUGCUGAGUUUCCAGCCUUUUCUGAAACUCGGUAGCUGAGGAGAGGGCAGGGAGGCAUCCUGGGCCUUCCAGCCUCCCUCCCCACCUCUUACCCAAACUUCCCUCUUGGGAACUCCUCAGGGACAACUACUGCUGAGUUUGGGUGCACCCCCAAAAUGGAGGCCAGGUAGCAAUUGACUGGCCUCAGAGAGAGAGUGUGUGUGUGUUUGAGUGUGAGUGUGUGAGAGAGAAGAUGCUGUGAUUAUGCCCCUGUAUUGUUUGAUGGGAUCCAUUCAGUUUCCCCAAAUAUCUGUUUUUAUUCCCACUUUUCCCAUUGUUUCAAACCAUCACUUUUUUGUCUUUGGGAAACCACAAGGAACAGUUUCUCUGGGGACAAGGCUGUGUUGCUCUCCUCUCUCCUGGUCAUUUCUGUUCCAGCCUCUUCAAACUGUGCAAUCUUUUAGCAGGAACUCCCUCCCUCCUCAGUAGCUUUGAGUCUUAAGCUUUUGCAGGGAGAAGGGUAGAACUGGAUCUUUUCCUAAUCCUGUGAGCUUCUGUGGGUUUAGUUGUACCUUCCUUCCCUUAUCUACUCAAUACCCUAGGACUCCUUCCCCAGCAGCAGAGACCCUAGAGCACAGGAAAGUAGGGAGAAGGGGUUCUGGGUCCACCACUGCCCUACAUGUGACUGUGCCCAAGUUAAGCCCCCAACAUGUGAGAGGAAAGCUGCUAACUCCCAGCUACAGCCAUGGGCCCCUGGCCCCCUGCUCUCCUGCUCAGCAGAGCCCCUCCCAUCAGAGAUUACGGGUACUUGCACUGGGGAGGUGGCCGCUGGCUGGCCCAAGCAGAGAGCUGAGGCAUCCAAGAAAUGUUCCGUUGGUGGGGAUUGGUAAGGGAUGGGGUGCCAGGUGAAGUGGAUCAUUCCUUGUACUUCUGGCAGCACUGAAUUAGCCACUGAAGGGGGUGGGGCGGCAGUGUAGGUCCUGGGGCAACUCCUCUCUUAUUCCGUUGUGCCCCUUUUCUCCCAUAGCCUAUUUCUAAAGUCGCCUUUUCUGUCAGAUAAACCUCAAAACUUUUAAUUUUAUUUGAGAUUUUUUUUUUCUUUUAAAUAAGAGGUGGAUUGAAGAAUAUUUGAAUUGACUUUAUAUUAUGCAUAAAUAUUUAUAUUUUAUCUAAAUAACUGCACUGUAACAAAUUUUGUGUUAGUUAAACGUUUGGAACUGUUAUAGUUGGGGGCUCCUCCUUUUUCCCCAUGGCAGUUUUCCCCUGGUAUAAAAUGUACUAGACUAACUUUAUUGUUGGAGGUGAGGUGGAUAGGGAGAGUGAAAUCUCAGUUGUUCCUGCUUUGGGUGCCUCUCCCAGCUCCAUCUCUCCCUAGGGACCAGGCACUCUUAAGGUGGAUUGGGGUCCUCAGUUUGAGGAAGUAGAGGUUGAAGGGUGGGUGGGGGCAGGGCUUGAUCAAAGGGGCCAUUUCUCACUUUUCUUUCCUAAUCUUCCCUGCCCCUUGAGCUAGGUGGAUUUUUUCUUCUUGACAAGAGUGUUUUGGCAGGGAAGGCAGGUUAAAAAAAACAACACAAAAACAAAAACCCACUCACCGCCCCUUCGCCCCUACCCCAUCAGUCUGGUAACAGGAAGAAACCACACCAUCAACACCUACAAGUUUCCAUGUUCCUUUUAUAACAAAAGGGACUGACUUUUAUAUAACCAAAUGUGGUGUUUUAGUGACUUUUUGAUAAUGUACAGUUUUUUGUGAAUUUAAAUUUAUUUCUUUCUAUAUUUUUAGGACCAAUCUCAUUUUUAAUAAGGUUAAAAAAAAAGGAAAAAAUGUCUAGAGAAAAACUGUUUUUGCCAUGUGAUGUUCCACAAGUGCAGCUGUAGAAAAGUGCUUGUCAGUUGAAUAAAAAGCCACAUUUGAUAGAUUCAAAA